AUGGCUGAUAUGCUCGAUCGCUUAUGCUGCUAUGUUAUCCGAGAUGACUUUGGGCCAAGCGUUGAACAAGUUGCAAAAGUUCUUUUACAAAAAGGCCGUCUUACUCUACCAAUAAUCGCCAAACUAUCAAAAUUUGCCUUAGCAAAGACUCGAGAAUGUCUUUUCAUACUGAUCCAACAUAAUUUGGUAUACUGGGCUGAAGCGAGAGAAAGUCAAAGAAUUGGAAUUUAUUAUUCUAUUGAAAGAGACGAAAUCCUCACAAGGUUAAAUUUCGGUAUUUAUAUAAAGAACGCUAAUGAAUGGGUCGGAUCAAGGCAUGCGAGUGAACUUGUCAAACAUAUAUUGCUUAAUGGUAAAGUGACUUUUUCAGGAUUAGUCGAAGAUCUAAAAAUUAAUAAAAAAUCAAGCAGAUACAAGGAUAUCAAAGAAUCCUUUUACAGAAUGAUCGAAAAAAAUUAUAUUUCAUCCGUUGAUUUUACUGAUUCUAAAUCAGCUAGAGAUAAAGCUACUGAAGCAGAGCAACGAGAAUUAGCAAAAGUAACCAAUUUCAUACCUACUAAAAAGCAAAUGGCCGAAGCCAAGGCCAGACUAGCAGCUAAUCUUGAUAUGAAUGAUACAGCAACUGGAUCGAAACGCAAAUUAAAUUUGGAAAAUUUUGAUAGACCAACAAAGCAACAUAAAGGGGAGAUAACAUUUGAUGAAAAUCAAUAUUUUCGAGUAAACUAUGAAAAAUUUAACGUUAAAGCAAGAAAUAAACGGUUUGCUAAGUUUGUUAGGGAUCGCCUUAAUCACUCCGCAGGAACGAUUAUGAGAUAUAUUCUAGAUAUUGCCGAUUGUGAUAAAGCAAGUGAAAUUGAAUCAUGUUCUGUCUCAUUGCAUAGAAUCCUCAAAAAUAUACCAGAAAGCAAAGAUGAAGUGUUUUUUCAACAGAUGAAAACCGAAAAAGGAAAAACCGUUACCCGUGAAUCUCUUAUUAAGCAAUAUUUGGAUUGUUUAAUUGAGGAUGAUGCAAACCUUUUGUGUAAAAAAGAUGAAAAUCUGGGUGGAUUGUAUUUUGUUAAAUAUAAUGCAUUGUGUGAAUCUUUAAAACAACAAGUUUUCGAAAAUAUUAUACUAGAAAAAUAUGGCAUAAAGGGACAAAGAAUUAUAAAAGUAUUACAAGCAAAACAAAAAUUAGACGAAAAAGCGGUUACCACAUUUACUUUGAUGAGUGUAAUGGAUGUCCGACAGAAACUAACGGAACUACUUAACGGUGGUUUUACACAAGUCCAAGAAGUACCAAGGUCGGGAGAUCGAGCGCCUUCACGUACCUUUUUCUUUUGGUAUGUCGAUUACAACAAAUGCUAUGAAAUAAUUCUAUAUAACUAUUACCGUACGCUUGCAAAUAUUCAUCAAGUCAGAUUUGAACAAGAAUCUUCUGCAGCACGAUUAUUGGAUAAAAAAGAAAAGGAAGAUGCACUUAAACAAUUGAAUAAUAAUACUUUCAUCCAAUUAUUGACAGAAAAUGAAACAAAAGCUUUGAAUGAGUUAGAAUUCAAUUUAACACAGUUAGAUACUGCUCAAUUGAGAAUUGUCCAAGAUGUAAUGUUAUUUAAAGAUUACAAGUAA